CUCCCCUCUAUCUAUCACAUCACAAGCUUGUCUUGCCUACGGUUCGGCGAGACCGAAUUGUCCUCUAUAUGAACCGACGUUUCCACAUACAGAAGUCUGGUAUCCGGCUUGGGCAAUGAAGAUACAGGAUCGCAAAUGUUGAUGCAAGAUGCACGCGACAGCAGUAUCGGCGAAGAAGCCUGAUGUGAAAAGGCGACCACAUCGCAAGGUUAGAAGUGGCUGUUUAACCUGCAAAAUACGGCGUGUUAAGUGCGACGAACUCAGACCUUUCUGCGCUCGGUGUAUCAAAUUUGGAAUUCGCUGCGACGGUUAUGCAUCUCCAAAGGUUGCCAAAGGAGUCCCGCCAACAAGGGCAAAUAUACUUCCGAAACAUCCUUACUCGAUUCCUCUCUAUAAAGGGCCUGCUCUGAUGCGAUUCGAAGAUGAGGACGAGUCCAGGUAUUUCGAAGUUUUCAGCACGAAUACAGCAUACGAGAUAUUCCCUAACAUUGAAAUGGGGAGGUUACGGACCAUCUUCCUCCAAGCAUGUGACGCUAAGAAGUUCAUUCGACAAGCCGCUAUUGCAUUGGGAGCCUUGGAUGUGACAUCCCAAGCAUCCCGUCCUCCAAGCCACACGCGCUAUGCUGCUCGCAGUAAUUUCAACAAUCCUCCAAAUCGUCAUUAUCAAUAUGCACUCAAAGAAUAUGCCCAUGCGAUCAAAUGCGCCCAAAUGGAUGGAGAGAACGACUUCCGAACGGCAUUGAUGACUUCUCUGGUCAUCCUGUCCUUUGAGGGAUGGUUAGGCAAUCACGAAGUAGCAGUCCAGCAAAUCAGAUUAGGAACAAGGUUAUUGAAGGAGUGGAAGGAACGGCGUAGAGAAAAAAGUGCACCGGGAUCUUCACUGUUGGCAGCUAGCGACGACGAGAAUGUUCUUUCACACGUAUUCACUCGUCUCUCCAUUCAACUGAGGUCGGCCACGCUUCCACUCCCAUCGGUUUCUUCCGAACUCCCACCACUGAGAAUCGAUGACCCAGAAAAGUCCGAGCGAAUGCCAGAGUCAUUCAGCGAUCUCACGGAGGCGGGUAAAUUCUAUGGCAACAUCGUAAGAUUUGCUGUAACUUUCGUGGCCCAGGGAUUACCACGGAUUGCAGGAGCCAGCAGCCUUACUGGAGCCUAUCAAGUUGGGGUCGCCACCGGAAAUCAAAUACCAGACGAUGUCGCUAAAGCACAAGCCACUCUAACAAAGAGUCUCCAUCGAUGGAUGAAAGCCUUUGCUUGGUUGAGAAGCAAUCGCAAAUUUCAGACUCUUGCUGAGAAGAAGGCCUCGAUAACCCUUGAAUUACAAAUGAAAGCUACAUAUAUGGGUGCCAUUAAAUCCCUCGCACAGGAUGAGCUAGUGUUCGACGCUUAUCAUGACAUCUAUAGAGACAUUGUCAACCUCUCAGAGGCGCUUUUAAACUGCUCUAAUACUUCAAGAGUCCCUAAAUUCUGCUUCGAUUCCGGUGUAGUAAUUCCUCUUUGGUUUACAGGUCACAAAUGCCGGGAUCCAAUUCUUCGGCGGAAGGUCAUUUCAUUGCUUCUGUCCUAUCCAAGAAGAGAGGGAGUCUGGGAUAGUGUCUUUGCCGGUCUAGUUAUCGAGUGCCUGAGAGCUUUUGAAGAAGAAUACAUGAAAGACGGGGAAGUGCCUGGGUGGGCAAGAAUACGCAACACUAGCUUCGACGUCGAUUUAAAGAAACGUGUAGUAGAGGUAAAAUGCCAGCAGCGUAUGUCCGCGACUUCCGACGAGGUUGUGCUUAGACGAAGAACUGUAGAUUAUUAUGUUCACACUGGUGUCACCUUGGAACAGGUGGGGGCAGUCAUUGCAUAACAGCGACGACUCGGAAGGGCUAUCAGCCUGCUCGCGCUCGCACCCUUCCGGUCGCCAUUCCGAAAAUAUACCCU